CAGCCGCGGCCGGCGGGGAGGCGGCGCCCGGCGGGGCUGCCCCAUGGUCUUGCGGGGGCCGUGGGGGAGCUGCGGGGGCCCCGGCGCGGCGCUCGCUCUCCUGCGCGCCCUCCGCACUAGGAUGUUGCGGCAGGUCUUGCACAGGGGGCUGGGGACGUCCUUCUCCCGGCUCGGCCACUUCGUCGCCAGCCACCCGGUGUUCUUCGCCUCGGCGCCCGUUCUCAUCUCCAUCCUGCUGGGCGCCAGCUUCAGCCGCUACCAGGUGGAGGAGAGCGUGGAGCACCUCCUGGCCCCCACGCACAGCUUGGCCAAGAUCGAGAGGAACCUGGUGGACAGCCUCUUCCCGGUGAACCGCUCCAAGCACCGGCUCUACUCUGACCUGCAGACGCCUGGGAGGUACGGCCGGGUGAUCAUCACCUCCUUCCGCAAGGCCAACAUGCUGGACCAGCACCACACCGAUCUCAUCCUCAAGUUGCACUCUGCAGUGACCAGGAUCCAAGUUCAAAGACCUGGUUUCAAUUACACGUUUGCCCAUAUAUGUAUCCUGAACAAUGACAAGACAUGCAUAGUGGACGACAUAGUGCAUGUACUGGAGGAAUUAAAGGCUGCUCGUUCUUCUAAUCGAACUAAUUUUGCAAUCACUUACCCGAUUACUCACUUAAAGGAUGGCAGGGAAGUGUAUAAUGGGCAUCAGCUCGGUGGGGUUACUGUGCACAGCAAGGACCGGGUGAAGUCUGCGGAAGCCAUUCAGCUCACCUACUACUUGCAGGCAAUCAACUCCUUGAAUGACAUGGUGGCAGAGAAGUGGGAAUCCAUUUUUUGUGACACUGUUGAACUUUUCCAGAAAUCCAACAGGAAAGUCAAAAUGUAUCCUUUCACUUCUUCUUCGCUGAAGGAGGAUUUCCAGAAGACGAGCAGGGUGUCAGAACGCUACCUGAUCACAAGCUUGGUCCUUGUGGUCACCUUGGCCAUUCUCUGCUGCUCCAUGCAGGAUUGUGUCCGCAGCAAACCCUGGCUUGGCCUUCUGGGAUUGCUGACAGUGACCCUUGCCACCCUGACUGCAGCUGGGAUCAUCAAUCUCACUGGUGGGAAAUACAAUUCCACCUUCCUGGGAAUCCCCUUCAUCCUGUUAGGUCAUGGGUUGUAUGGGACUUUUGAAAUGUUGUCCUCCUGGAGAAAAACUAGAGAAGACCAACACGUUAAAGAGAGGACUGCAGCUGUAUUUGCAGACUCCAUGCUCUCGUUUUCUCUCACCACUGCCAUGUACCUGGUCACUUUUGGAAUAGGUGCCAGUCCCUUCACUAACAUUGAAGCAGCCAGGAUUUUCUGCUGCAAUUCCUGUAUUGCAAUUUUCUUCAACUACCUCUAUGUACUCUCCUUUUAUGGUUCCAGCCUGGUGUUUACUGGCUACAUAGAAAACAACUACCAGCAUAGUAUCUUCUGCAGAAAGGUACCAAAGCCAGAGGUAUUGCAAGAGAAGCCUGCAUGGUAUAGGUUUCUUCUGACAGCCAAAUUCAGUGAGGACACGGAUGAUUCAGAGGAAACGAACACUUACGAGAGUCAUCUUUUGGUGUGGUUCCUGAAACGCUAUUAUUGUGACUGGAUAACAAACACUUACGUCAAGCCUUUUGUAGUUCUCUUUUACCUUGUUUAUAUUUCCUUUGCCUUAAUGGGCUACCUGCAGGUCAGUGAGGGGUCAGACCUGAGCAACAUCGUAGCGACUGCGACUCGGACCAUCGAGUACACAACUGCCCAGCAGAAGUAUUUCAGUAACUACAGCCCGGUCAUUGGGUUCUACAUCUACGAGUCGAUCGAGUACUGGAACACCAGUGUCCAGGAGGAUGUGUUGGAGUAUACCAAGGGCUUUGUGAGGAUAUCUUGGUUCGAGAGCUACUUAAAUUACCUUAGGAAACUCAACAUAUCUACUGGAUUGCCCAAGAAGAAUUUCACUGAUAUGUUGAGGAACUCCUUCCUGAAGACCCCUCAGUUUGCCCAUUUUUCAGAGGAUAUCAUCUUUUCCAAGAAAUACAACAAUGAAGUUGAUGUUGUGGCCUCCAGGAUGUUCUUGGUGGCCAAGACAAUGGAAACCAAGAGGGAAGAACUUUACGACCUCCUGGAGACCCUGAGGAAGCUCUCUCUCACCUCCAAGGUGAAAUUCAUCGUUUUCAAUCCAUCAUUUGUGUACAUGGAUCGUUAUGCCUCUUCAGUGGGAGCCCCCUUACAAAACUCCUGCAUUAGUGCUUUAUUUCUGCUCUUCUUCUCUGCAUUCCUGGUGGCAGACUCUCUGAUCAAUGUCUGGCUCACUCUAACUGUUGCCUCGGUUGAAUUUGGAGUUAUAGGUUUUAUGACCUUGUGGAAAGUGGAACUAGAUUGUAUUUCUGUGUUGUGCUUAAUUUACGGAAUUAAUUAUACAAUUGACAACUGUGCUCCACUGUUAUCAACCUUUGUCCUGGGCAAAGAGUUCACAAGAACUAAAUGGGUGAAAAAUGCCCUGGAAGUGCAUGGGGUAGCUAUUUUGCAGAGCUACCUCUGCUAUAUUGUUGGUCUGAUUCCUCUUGCAGCUGUGCCUUCAAAUCUGACCCGUACACUGUUCAGGUGCUUGUUUUUAAUAGCAUUAGUCACCUUCUUUCACUGCUUUGCCAUUUUACCUGUGAUACUGACUUUCCUGCCACCCUCCAAGAAGAAGAGGAAAGAGAAGAAGAAUCCUGAAAACCGUGAGGAAAUAGAGUGUGUUGAAAUGGUGGAUAUGGAUAGCACCCGAGUGGUCGACCAAAUUACAACAGUCUAACUUGAUUUGUUGGCUGCUUUUUUACACUAGGUCUUACUGAGGAAACAAAAAGAAACCAGUACUGACUAAAUGUGUGGGGAGAGGAAGGAGAUUGGAGGUUUUCCCCUCCCUUCUCUAAGCUAAAUCCAGGAAUAUUCAAAAUUAUGGGAGAAAUUAAAAAUAAAUUUAAAAAAAAAAAGAGCCGGGGUAUUGUACCUUGCUCAGUUCCUGUAACAGAUUAUAUGAGAGAAUUUGCACACUCAUGCAAAGAGAGGUUAAAUUGUAGAUGCAUGAAGUAAGAUCUAAUGGAAGAAGUUGGGUUCUUAAGCAGUCGUCUGCAUCGCCUGUACUGCAGAUGCUGCAAUUAUUGUGGCUAAACCAAAUCAUGUUGAAAGGUCAACUGUCAAGGCUGAAGUAGCACUAAAUGUUCGCUGGAUGUAAAGGCUUUACAAACUUUCUGCACAGCAAUAACUCAAGUCAGUGAGUCAGCUCUUAUAAGUCUUUGCCAUCACAUUUAAUUUUUCUUUUCUCCCCUAAUCUAAACAUUUAUGCAAGACUAUAUAAAAGAUAGCAAACUGUACUGGGAAAGAAGGCAGUACACAGCAACCAAGUGCUUUCCAAACACUUUUAUGUUAUGAAUCACAUUUUUUUUCCUAAAAGUAUCAUUAUUUUAAAAUGGAGAUCAUCCCUUGUAACAUUUUUAAUCAUGGUUUUAUAGCUGUUUCUUUUUCUUAUAAAAACAAAAAAGAACAAAAAAAAGGAACAAAAAAAUCCAUGUGACUCUGUCACUCUAGAAAAUAUAUAAUUCUAUUUUAUACAUGUCUCGCUACUAGUUAAACAUGUAAUCUGCUUUACUAACUGUAAUUUUGUUAGCACUCUACUAAGACACAUGAGUGGAUCUAGCAGCAGACAGAAGAUGGUGUACUGAAUAUUUCAGCACCAAAAUCCAUGAUACAAACCUCAGAUACUAAAAUGUCAUCAAGAAAGUGAAUGUUAGGGCUCUUUUAGUGAGAGCCUAUUUCAGGCCAUUCACUGGUAAUGCACACUAAGAGGAUUAGAGGGUAGUUUUACAUAAUGUAUAACUUAAUCCCUCGAUCGUCCUAGAGUACCUGUAAAGCAAUAGACCUUGCAGCUAUGGGCUCUUCCAGGAGACAGUAGACAGGGAGAGUUGUGUGGAACAAACCGAAGGUUGGGACUGUGGUUUAGUAGCAGCAAGUUUAACAACGUCCCCAAAGAGCCCAUAUCUAAGGAGCCUAUUGAAAACAUCACAUCUGAGAGGGGAAAAAAAACCAACUUAAAAAUAUUACAUUACUGGGUCUUUUUGGAGCCGUGAGUUCUAAAUCAAUAAUUCUGUCAGCAUCUGUGAUGUGGAGUAAUACAGAUAAAGCAGCAUCUCUUCCCUCCUCCACCCCCUCCACCCAUAAGCGCAACAAGCUCAUUACUGUAAGGUUUUAUCAUGCAGUUGAACCCUAGUGGGGAUGUGUAAGCCAAUUCUGUAGGUUUUGCUGAGAGUUUUCUGACCAUACAUUGCCUGUGAAAACCCAGUAGCAGGAAGCUGGCUGGUGUGUCGGGUGGUUUCAUAUGGACUGUUGCUUUGUGGUGCAAAAUGAAUGUAUUCCAACCGGACUCCCUUUUGCAGCUCAUCUGGAAACUAAGAGUACUUGAAAAGUUUUCAGCACAUGGCACAAAGUUUGCUUCAGUGCCAGUAUCUGGAGGGGAAGGGAUAUGGCAAGAGCCAUGGGGCUUGGAGCACUGGGAGCACUGUGGCUCAGGAGGCUGCCUGUGGUACCUGUACAGUCACUAGGACAUCUGUGGUCACAAACCCAGGGUGUGCUUCAUUCCAUGAAACAUCUCUUUAGCAUCCAAAUCCCAGUGACCCCCAAAUGCCCUGUGCAAAACCUGCAAAUGCCACCUACUGAAUAUUAAUUUUCAAGCCAAGAGAUACUUCUAAAGCAUCCUUCCUAGCAGAAAAUAAGAUAACCAGAUAUUUUGCCCUGAAGCAAAAUGUUACAUUCUCACUAGCAAAACAAGUCAGCAGUGCAGCUGGCAACAUUUACUUUCCCCUGGAUAAGUCCCUUCCCUGACCAGAAGAAAGGAAGCUGUGUCCAGGAAUGCACAGGCUCUUUGCUUAAGUAAACAACAGUUGCUUCGGUAGCAGCUGGGAAGCUGUAACAACAACUUCAGCCUUGGCAGAACACAGGCGGACACCUUGAAGACAGCCAGAUGAAUGUAAGGCUAGGAAAAAGAUCUGUUUCCCCUGUUUUCUUUAGACUCAGGCUUGGGGUUAUGUUUUCCAGCCAAAAAUUAUUCCUUAAAUAUACUUCACUGUAGAUUUUCUGUGAUCAUCAGUAUGUUGUUUAAAUAAUAGUCACCCUGUCCCCAGGCUGUUCAACAGGCAGCUGCAGUGGCUUUUAAACUUCUGAGGGCAUUAGCAAAUUAGCUGAGAGUUACAGAGGAAUUGCAAUUCCUCUGCAGUAAUCUACUGACCUGUGGGACACUUGGAAAUGGGACAUGUGUCAAAGAGGUUGUUUGUACACUGCAGAGAGGAAUACAUGGCAAACACUGAUUUUACACCUCUGCUAUCCCUCAUGCUAUCACUUGCAGACACCAGACACCAAGAUAGUUACCAUAAAUCUCCUCACAUCUAAUUGCAGUGCAUAGACAGGAGCAUCUUUAAAAAGAUGUCCAAAGACAAGAUUGCAGUUUCACAGAUCUCUUAUUAAAUCUCACCAUGUGAGGCCUUCAGAGAUCUUCAAGAAAGGUGAUAAAACCAGGGAUAAAAUUACUUCUCUAUCUCCAAACCUGUCAGAAAAAGGAUGUGGAGGCACUCCUGUGACAAAGUGCUGCAGAAGAGGCUUGGGUGUCCACAGAAGGCAGGGUGAGAAGUCAUGCAGUCCACGCCCUUGCCCCCAGGGCAGACUCAACAACAUGUAAAUAAUUUGUGAAGGAUGUUUGUUCAGCCCAUUCCUAAAAGUCUUUUUAAGGGCAGAUUCCUCUCCCAGCAGUUCUCCCCCA